AUGAGUAAUUUAGUUUUGGAACAAAUGAUUAUGAAUAUAAGAGUAUAUUUGCCUUCACUUUAUCAAUGUGCUGAAUUAAUAUCUUUAUUGGAUUGCUAUACUUCUAUUGCUUAUUAUUCUAAUAAAACUAAAACAGUUCGCCCAAAGUUUUCCAAUCACAUAAAAAUUAUUGAUGGUCGACAUCCAAUUUUAGAUUGCCGUUCUGAUGUUGUUCUAAAUAAUACAUUUCUUUCUCAAAAAGAUGGACGUUUUAUAAUUAUUGCUGGGCCUAAUAUGUCAGGAAAGUCUACUUAUAUGCGCCAAGUUUGUCUUUUACAAAUUAUGGCACAAAUGGGCUGUUUGGUUCCCGCAGAAUCUGCAACUUUUAUACCGAUGACACAUAUAUUUUCACGUGUUGGGCAUAAUGAUGAUCUUGUAAGAAAUUUGUCUGGAUUUUCUGUUGAGAUGUCUGAAAUGGCUACAAUAUUACAAAAUGCAAAUCAAAGUUCAUUAAUAAUUAUUGAUGAAUUGGCUAGAAGUACAUCAACUGAAGAAGGGAUAGGAAUUAGUUAUGCUAUAUGUGAAAGAAUAUUGGCUAUUGGGGCAUUUACUCUAUUUGCUACACAUUUUUUGGAUAUGGCUCAACUUGAAAUUUGUUAUCCCGAAAUUGUUAGAAAUUAUCAUUUUUCGUCAAUGAAAUUUAAUGGAAAUGAUUAUGAUACAACUCCACAUAAAUUGUUUAAAGGUCCAUAUCAGGGCCCUUUGUAUGGUUUGGAUUUGGCAUCAAUGACUACCUUUCCUGAAAAAAUUAUUAAAGAUGCGGAAAGGUUGGCAGAGCGUUUAAGGACUGCAAAAAGGGAAUCUAGCUUUUUGGAUACCACUUCAAAAAUUGAAUUUAAUAAUACUUUUGAAACAAUUGAAAAUUUUGAAACAAACAGAACAAUUUAA